UGGCUUGAAAUACCAUACCUGCCGAAACCAGCCGCAAACCAGCCGAACCGUUGCAGUCGGCGCCGACAGAUUUGGUUACCGAGGCUACGGUACGGUACUGCCGUACCGAACAUAUGUUCACUGCUCGGUAGUGGUAGUGCAAAUUAGAGAGGUUCGGCAUUACCGAACCGACAGGGUAUGAUGGGUUCUUAUAAUUUUUUGAUAAUUUUUAUUAGUAGGAUGAUAUGGGCCGUUCAUUUCUAGCAGCAAUUAAUCAUAAUCGUUGGAUCUGAGUGGAGAGUGGGAAAACCUAAAGGGAUUGAGGUUCAGACCUCAUUCUCGAAAGAAACAGCCACUCUUCUCUCUCUCUCUCUCAGAGAACCCAGCCCCAAUUUUUUGAUUCUAGCCCCAAUUAUACAAAGAUCUUUGCAAAUCCAGUCCCAAAAACACAAUCUAAGCAAGAUGCGAAGCUCACCAACAUAAAUUUCAACCUAGAUAUCCUUUGAUUUUUGAAAUCCCCAAAUCUUUCGAAAACCUAGAUCAGUUGCUUGGUUGAAGCGGUUGUUCAGAGGCUUAUAUGGUGUUCAACUGGUGGUUCAGAGCACAACGGAUUAGGCCAAGAUGGUGGGAAACAAAUGGGUCUGAACUUUGAUAGAGUGAAGGGGACUAUUCCAGUUCUGCAUGAAUUUCAGCAGUUGGGUUAUAAUAGGUGUAUCAGAAUUUUAGUGAUAUUUACACAGUGGGGAUGUAUCAAUCUAGAGCUUGGAUGUGUGUGGCCGUUUUGGCCGUGUGCUUGUGCUGGUCUUCACUACAAGCUGGAGCACAAGCGCAGAAUAUUACCAACCCCGCAAAUGUCUUUGAUUAGGAACUUCUGCACUGAGUUUGGGAGGUGCGAACUCUUCUACAACAACCGCUACUUGAAGAUUUGGAUGCUGCAAACCUCCAAUUCAAAAAUAUAGCUGCUGUGUGGUUUUUGUUUAGUGAUAGGAAUUAUCAAAUCACAAGCAUAUUUUUUAUUCUUUGAAUAUUUAUAGUUCCUAUUUGAAGUUAUGUAAUAUUUAAGUAGUUUAGACUUAGAAAUCAGUGACAUAUGAUUUGUGAACUUGUAAAUUGUAAUGUAGAACUGGAACAUUAUUAACUAUAGGAGAAAAGCUGAGAGAAAAACAUCAAGUCUGGAACUCACAUCUCCAUAAGAAAGUGAGGAAUAGACUUGAUGAAGAGGUAUUUAUUCAGAAA